AAACAAUUGGGUCUUUACUCGUGCAACAAUCGAUCCUAUUGAACCUUGCCAAUCGAUGGCACAGAUAGAGGUUCAACGCGUGCAUGCAACCAUGGCGUUUUCAGAAGACAGGAGUCCAUAUGACGAUAAUGUCGCUUUACAAAUGAUCAAUUCACAGUUGGAGGCGAUGAAGAUAUUGGACGAGAAGGAAGCUCAAGAAUUCGGUAAUAAUGCCGACAAAUGCGAACACGCACCUGGAAACGAAAAUGGUCACAACUACAACCAAAGYAGCAAAACUUCUGGGAGCAAGAAAAACUCAAGCAAGGGACCGGAUACUUUCUUUCGGCGCCAGUUAGAAGGUUGGCGCAACCGACACAUGCUCGAAAGCUUCGAAGCCGGGCACCUUAUCUCGAAAGAAAUGCUCSAAUUCAACCUCGAGGAGCGAAAUGCCCUUUACGAAGAGAUUCACGGGGUUACUUGCAUUUGUCCAGAYGAAUCGCCACCGGGGAUGAUCGAGAUGGCACUCCAUAACCUCGCCAUUGAAUUGAUGAUGGUCCCCAGCGCCCUGAAAACCGCUUACGAACAAAGCCAACAAUUUCCUGUAACUUAUGUUAACACGCCCGAAUUUCGGUUGCGUUUUUUGCGAGCCGAGCUCUUUGACACAAAAAAGGCAGCGCUACGGAUGAUAAAGUUUCUUGAAAACGUCCUCUUUUACUUCGGACCGAAAGCCCUACAGCGCCCUAUUCGUUUGUCGGAUUUCAAUAGAAAGGAAAUGAAGGUAAUGAACAUCGGGCGCAUUCAGUUGUUACCCUAUCGGGACAGAUUUGGCCGGAGAAUUAUCGUUGGRAUUCCAGCCCAAGACCACCGUCGACAGGAAGCACACAUCCGGGUAAGUUUUGGUCUGAUCGAAAGCCGCCGAGUACAUCGAAUGAAUAGUAAACGUGUUUGCGCAAUCGACCGGCUCGAAAAGGAGAAAGAGUGUUCAAUUCACAACAAUUCCUUAAUACAUGCACUAAACACUUGUUCCCCACUACAUCAUUAUUUGUCAGGCUAAAAUACAUCUCUAUCUUUGGUGGGUAGCCGGCGAGUCGGUGGAGAGUCAAAGAAAAGGAAUGGUUUUCAUAACGAUCCAUAAUCCAGACAUUGCCGACUCGACAACAACUGGAUCAACCUCUAAAAUGGACGAAGACGGCAAAACAACUGUUGAUGGCGAGAAAGAGCAACAAGAACGAACUAAAGUACCAAGCAUGACAUUUGCAAAGAUAGCCAUCAAAGAAAGAGAUUGUUUGCCACUUCGAAUGUCUGCAUUUCACUUGUGCACACCGGAUACCCCUUUCUAUGCCAUUCUGGAGUCUUUCACCGCUGCGAUGCUAAAGGGCGAUCGAUGUCGGAUAAAAGUUCAUCACGGUACGUGGAUGAGCGAGCUAUUGCGUUAGAUUGAUUUGUACACAAGCCCUUGUUGUCUCAGGUCACUUUCCCUUACCUCUGGUUUCCUUCCUUUUGCUUAUUGUCGCUUUUCAAAAUAUAUAGGACACGACGUAGAAAACCGCUAUAAACUCAAUGGAUAUGG